AUGCAUCAUAGCUCCACAAUGAGCAAUCCCCCUUUCCGAGCACGCCAUGCGGAGCGGUCUAAGAUCACCCCCGGGUUUACGAAGUUUAUGUACCUUGGAGGCGAAACACAGUCACCGCUGUUUCAUGCCAUAGGCAAUUGCAUUUGUGCUGUACGCACGGUGCUAUAUGUCCGAUUUGCUCCACAUGGCCACGUCUACAUUGACGUAUAA